AUGUCCGCCUCGUCGAACUCGCAAGCGCUCACAAAGCGCGAUGCCUCCUCCGCGCUCAUGGCGCCGCCUCCUAAGCCCAAAAGAAUCAAGCGCCCAACGACUGUCCUAGACGAGGACACUUAUGUCUCCGCCGUUUCGCACAUUAUCCGCCGCGACUUCUUCCCUGGUUUGGCAGAAGCAGAUGCCCAACGCGAGUACUUGAACGCCGUGGAGAGCAAGGACAAGUCAUGGAUACGCGAGGCCGGGAAGAAGCUCACACAAGCCAUGACGCCUCUAUCAAGUGGUCGAAGAAGAGUCUCGGAGCGCACGCGAUUCGACAGACCCGGUGGUAGCACAGAUCGCACACCAAGUGUCUGGGGCGCAGAUACGCCCCUCAGUAUUGCUCCGUCCGAAGCUGGCGGAGAAGAAGAAGGCCUCGGAAAGCUAGACAACGUCGACCUCAACAUGAGCCUCGGCGCCUUCCAAGCCAAAUACACGAGCGAAGACCAAGAAAGCUUCAGCCAAAUCAUCGACGCGCAAAACGAGAAGAAAUUUGCCAAAAGCGCCUGGCUCCGCGACGGUAACAUGUACGCCUCCAAGCAACGCAUUGCACAGCACAAAGUCCUCCAAGCCCGCGCCGCCGCAAAUGAAUCGAAAGAACUCGUCCGCCCCAGCGCAAACCUCGAUGACCGCCCCGCCGCGCCCACGGGCACCAAACACACAGCCUUCAACUCCCUCAUGUUUGCCCCCGACAGCGUCGAAUCAUGGGCGCCGACCCGCGCCCAGGCCGCGGAAUCCGCCUCCCUCGCUCCCCAGAAACAAGUCCUGUACAACAACACCCGCCUGCCUGCGCCUGAACCCGAGCCCCCGCGGCCCUCAAGCCCAACCUCUAUCCUCCAUCCGCGCCGCCGUGCAGCGAAACGCCCCGGGAUUAAAGGAUACGCAUUCGUCGACGCCCAUCCCCCUUCUGACGACGAUGACGACGCACCCACCGACCUGCUCGCGCGCUAUGGCGUCGAUGGGAGCAAAGCUACGCCCUUCACCAUCAACGAGGCCAGCCAGAGGGAGAAAAUGCACCACAAGAUGGUGGAGAAAAUCGGCGCGAGUCGCGCGGAUAAGAAUCCUGUGGCCUCGGGCAAGGGCUUGGGUAUCUUCACGUCGGAGACACCGAGGUUUUUGUCGGCGCCGACGCCGAGGGGGGGAGGGUUGGCUGGGGGAAUGACGCCGGGGCGGAAGGCCAAGGGCGAUUUGACGCCCGCGGCGCAGAGGUUAUUUGAGCGGGUGGGCGGGGGGACGCCGAGGGGGAAUCGGGCUGGAGGGUUUGGGGGAGCGAAAGGGGGGAGUGGGAGUGCGUUGGGGAGUGAGUGGACGCCUACGAGUCGGACGAAGAGGAAGGCUUGA